CUAACCCUGAAGUGUUGGGCCCGGGGUGCGGGCAUCUGGGUUUUCCUGGUUCCGCCCAGCUGGUGCAGGGUAGUGUUCAAAGCCUCGGAACGCACUUUGGCCAGAUUUGAGGAGGGGGGGGCGGGGAGGGGCCUGCGGCUUGCGGCCCCGCCCCCUUCUCCGGCUCGCCGGCUGGCGAAUCGGCCCUGCUCCUCCUUCAGCCGGUCCUGGGGCCGCGUACCCCAGGCAACCCAGCAGCCGCGGCCUGAGUGUCUGCUCGCAGGUGUCGGCGUCGAAGCCCCGGACACAGCCUGGUUCGGCCCCAUGGUGGGUUUCGGGGCCAACCGGCGGGCCGGCCGCCUGCCCUCCCUCGUGUUGGUGGUUCUGCUGGUGGUGAUCGCGGUCCUUGCCUUCAACUACUGGAGCAUCUCCUCCCGCCACGUCCUGCUUCAGGAGGAGGUGGCCGAGCUGCAGAGCCAGGUCCAGCGCACCGAGGUGGCCCGCGGGCGCCUGGAGAAGCGCAAUUCGGACCUCCUGCUGUUGGUGGACUCGCACAAGAAACAGAUUGACCAGAAAGAGGCUGACUACGGCCGCCUUAGCAGCCGGCUGCAGGCCAGGGAGGGCCUGGGGAAAAGAUGCGAGGAUGACAAGGUUAAGCUACAGAGCAACAUAUCAUAUCAGAUGGCAGACAUACAUCAUUUAAAGGAGCAACUUGCUGAGCUUCGUCAGGAGUUUCUUCGACAAGAAGACCAGCUUCAAGACUAUAGGAAGAACAACACGUACCUUGUGAAGAGGUUAGAAUAUGAGAGUUUUCAGUGUGGACAACAGAUCAAGGAAUUAAGAGUACAGCAUGAAGAAAAUAUUAAAAAGUUAGCAGACCAGUUUUUGCAGGAACAAAAGCAAGAGGCCCACAAGUUUGAAUCAAAAGAUGGAAAUGAAUUGGAUAUAAACAAUCAUGCAGGACCUAAAAACAUUCUAAACGUAGCUGAGAAUGCUGCAGGCAAGAAUGAAGAACCUUCAAGCAAUCAUAUUCCACAUGGGAAAGAACAAAUCAAACGAGAUGGUGAUGCAGGAAUGCCUGGAAUAGAAGAGAAUGACCUUGCAAAAGCUGAAGAUCUUCCGACAGCUUUAAAGAAACCCGUUGUUUCCUUUUCUCAAUAUGAAAGCCAUCAAGCAAUCUCCCAUCUUCCAACUGGACAACCUCUCUCCCCAAAUAUGGUUCCAGAUUCUCAUGUAAACCACAACGGAAACCCCAGAACUUCAAAACAGAACCCUUCCAAUCCUCUUCAGCGUUUAAUUCCAGGCCCUAACUUGGAGAAUGAACCCAGAAUUCAAGCAGAGAUUCUAAAGCAGGCUGCCAAGGAUAGAGCUGGUGAUUUCCAUAAAUUGAAGCAAAGCCGAUUCUUUGAUGAAAAUGAAUCCCCUGUUGAUCCGCAGCAUGGCUCUAAACUGGCGGAUUAUAAUGGGGAUGAUGGUAACGUAGGUGAGUAUGAGGCAGACAAGCAGGCUGAACUGGCUUACAAUGAGGAAGAAGAUGGUGAUGGUGGAGAGGAAGACGUCCAAGAUGAUGAAGAACGAGAACUUCAAAUGGAUCCUGCAGACUAUGGAAAGCAACGUUUCAAUGAUGUCCUUUAAGCCGUAAAGGAAAACUUCAGAAUACCUAAAGUGCUGUAAAAUGGCAUCAUUUCUACUUUGUCGACUUUGACUCUUGUUGUAAAGAUCAGUUGUAUCAGUUGUAAAGAUACAUUGAGAUAGAUUUAAGGAAAAAUUUUAAUGAAGGAAUGUACCCAUGUACAUACGUGAACUUUUCAUAUUGUAUUAUUAAAGCAGAGACUUUUGGGAUUGUGUUACAGUUGAGCCAAAAACAAAGUAAGCAAAACUGUAAUCUUUGCAUUUAAAGCAAACUAAUGUAUAUUUUACAUUUUAUUGAGCCUAAUUCUUUCCACAAAUGGACAAACAGGAGAAAAUGGUUGUACAGUUUAUAUGUUGCACAUAGCAUAACCAUAGUGAGAACAGUUAUUCAGCUGAAAAACUUUUUAUAACUAAUAUAUUCUUGUUAGCCCAACAGGUAUUCUGUUUUAUCUACCCUUCAUCUCAUACUCUUCAAGGAGUUAUACCUAAAAUAACUACAUAAAAGAGAGGGGAACCCAGAAAACAAACACUGGGCAGCUGUGUGUAAAAUCACUUCCCUACUCCUUUUAUUUUACAUGAAUACUGACGUGUUUUGGCAGAUAAGCUUUCAGCUGAGGCCUGAUGGAAGUUGAGAUAGCCUGCGAAGAUAUAACAAUAUUUAUGAUUUGUACCUUGCUUAGUUCAUGAAAUUGUGAAAUGUAUGAUUGACAAUAUAUUUCCAAUUUUUAUUUUUUCACAUAAUACCAGUGCUGUUUAACUAUAACAAGUACUGGCUAAAAUUUUUAUAUUUUCAGAGUUCAAGUUGGUGAAGAUAUUAAUUAUUUAAAUGCCGGAUUCUGAAAGAGGCUAAAUCAACUUUGAAAUGAAUUUGCAACCAGUAUUUCAAAGCUUCUCUGGUAGUUUUAGUGAUCUUAUUUGACUAGACUUUUGGAAGUACUAAAUAAGGAAUUUUAACAGAUUUUUAUUAGUGCACAGAUAAAUAGAAGUACAAUGAGGUCUACAGCCAUUUUAUUAAAAUAGCUUAAAAGUUUGUAAUAAAGAGGAAAAAUCUUUGUGUUUAAUUUUUAGUUAAGAACCCAUAAACCUCAUAUUUGCUAGACUUAAAAAAUUAUUUUAAAUAUAUUUGUCUUUUUUGACACUCUUCAGUAGAAUACGUAAGCUAGCUAAUCCCUGUUUUCUGAUUGAAAACACUUUUAAAUCUUACCCCCCUUCCCCCAAAUAAAAGAUUUGCUCAUGAGAAAUUUAAGCUUGCUAAUAAUUCUGUUUUUCAGAAGGGCUACAGUUAAUUGCACAUAAACAUGAGAUUUUUUUUCCCUGUACUCAGGUUCUAGUCAAAAUCCAAACUUAUAGAGGUAAAAAAAAAAAAAAAAAAGAUUGUUCACUUAUUAGAGGUGCAAAAUUCUUAGAUUUCAGUUUGAAAUCAUUUAGCAACCAAGAAAAGAUGUAGUGAUUUACUAAAAUUAUUUUUUUCUACCAUAUCAAAGUAAGUAAUUCAUGCCUUUGCUAUGAGAAGAGUCAGGCCUAUAAUGAAUAGGUGUGACAGUUCACAGAAUUUUUGUAAAUGGAGUUAAAGGGAACUGAUGUACACUUUUUGGAAGUUAGGAUAGGAAGAUGAAUCUAAAACAUAUCCCUAGUAAUACUUGAUAUUUAAUACUGUAAAAUCUUUACAAAUGAAAACCAUGAAAUUUCCUGCCUUUGUUCCUUUAUCAUGAAAACAAUCAUUUGCUUAUAUGGUAGCUAUUACUUACACAGCAAAAUUUCUUCAAUUAGCAGUCUAAACAUUUUAUAAACUGAGAAAUCUUGGACCAAUUGAUAAUAUUUCUGACUGUAUUAACAUUUUAGUGCUAUAAAAUACUAUGUGAAUCUCUUAAAAUUCUGACAUUCUACAAUCUAUAUUAGACAUGCGGGUUUUAUAAUGUUUUACUUCUGCCUUAAGAUUUAGGUUUUUUAAAUGUAUUUUUGCCCUGAAUUAAGUGUUAAUUUGAUGGACACUCUGCUUUUAAAAUCAUCACUUACUGGGUUCUAAUAAAUUAAAAACUAAA